AUGAAUUACGACGAGGAACUAAGUGCUCCGGUUUGGGACGAUCUGAAUGAGUCUUCAAACGUCGAAAACGGAGCAGAACUGGCCCAAACUUUCUCCAAUUUGAAUACUCUCCAGCAACAAGAUGAACAGGAACAAACGGAAGAUGAAAGCUUGCACAGGGGGCUUUGGGACGAAGAAAGUGUGGAUAAACAUGACAAGGAAAAUUUGCUAGCGUCUCUGGCUCCGCAAGAAGAUCCAUUGGCUGAAAUUACGGCUCCAACGCCCGCAGUUUUGGAGGGAAAGGGCGAGACAUUAUUUGGAGAUCUUCAUGCGUCACCACUAGAGGUCAGCGAGCAGGACUCAGAAGCUGGGUCGAGAUCAAACGAUGAACAGGCUCCGGUGCGUAAAUCGCUAGCAAAACCUCAGAAACUUUUUUCUUCUGCUCGUCUCCGCCGGCAUCCUCUCACGCAAGCUCAAAAAGCAGAUCUUUUCGAAGAUCCAUUGGCAUCAAACUCCACUGAAAACAAAGAUGAAGACUCGUUUGUGGAAGAAUCAUUGGAUGACGUCGAUCGAGAGCCCGAGCCUUCAAAAAGUGACAUUCUACAGCAAAUGGACGCUCCACUGUUCAGGAUCUCUCCUCGCAAAAGCUUAAGCGCGACUCCUGUGGUUAAAAAAAUUGACAGUGGUAAGAAAAACGACGUGGACGCAAAGCUUCAAAUUGACGAAUCCACUACAGACCUGGAACAGUUUGAACCAGCGGAUUCAGACCUCAAGAUUGAAGUUGUCGAUCCACUCAAAGUCGGAGACCUCACUUUUGCACACGUAGAAUACACAAUUUGGACUAGAAGCUCCAAAAUGGAUCCUCAAGAGGUACGAGUCCAAAGACGUUACAGGGAUUUCAGAUGGCUUUACAGACAGCUUCAAAAUAAUCAUUGGGGCAAAAUCAUUCCUCCACCACCAGAAAAGCAAGCCGUAGGAAGAUUCAAGGAUGGAUUUAUCGAGAACAGGAGAUUUCAAAUGGAGCGAAUGCUGACAAAGAUAGCUCAAGACAAGAUCUUUCAUGACGAUGUCGACUUUAUGAUGUUCUUGCAAAGCCAGAAUUUUGCCCAGGCUUCAAAGCUUAGAGAGCAUCAAACAGGAUCCAAUGCGUCAAGUGACAGUAAUGAUAUAUCAGAAAUUCAUAUCAGUCCAAUUGUUCUUCUGGGUCAUGAUGACGCAAUGAAUGUGAUAAAAAAUGGUGGACUAGAGGAAACGCAAAGAAGCUUUAUGAAUCUAUCAUUCGGAGCACCUCCGAAGUACACGGAGCCUGAUAACUUUUUUGUCGAGCAGAAACAAGGAUUGGAUGUUCUCGAAGAGCAGUUGAAGCAACUAUCAAGAUCGCUUGAGAUUGUUGAUACGCAAAGGAACGAUCUCGCUGCCGUCACCGAGGAAUUUGCUACUACAGUAAAGUCUUUGGAAGAACUCGAGGUCUCGAGAAAGGCAUCUGAUACACUUGCAAAUUUCGCGGAGGUACACAUGCGGAUAAAGGACUCGUUGCAAAGGAGCGCCAUGCAGGAGACGCUCACCUUGGGUAUGACAAUCGACGAGUACGCACGCGCGCUAGCAAGCGUAAAAGGUGUUUUCAACCAGCGAUCUAAACUGGGUUACUACUUAGUUGUUGUUGAACAUGAUUUGACCAAAAAGAAAGCCCAACUAGAAAGAAACACGCAAAAAGGUCCUUCUGACAAGAUUAAUAUUUUGACAAAAGAUUUGCAGACGUUGCAAGAUAGACAAAAGAAGAUCGAGGCAAAAUGGCAAGCCGUUGGUGAAACGAUAAGGAGGGAAUUGCGCAAACACGAUCAUGACAAAAUGAUCGAUUUUAGAAAUAACAUGGAAAUUUUCCUUGAAUCAAGCAUAGAAACGCAAAAGGAGUGCAUAGAGCUUUGGGAGACGUUCUAUCAGAAUAAUCUAUAG